AACCUAUCCAAAACAAGCCCAAAAAAAAUCCUUUAACAAAAUUUCAAUUUUGUCCCCCCAAAGCCAAAUCAACAAUCAAAAGACGCAGAAAAAAAUGUCGUCUUCUUCAACUAAACUCGUCUUUCCCGCCUCUACUAUUGCAAACCCUAAAACCACCAAAUGGCAAUUCACAUGGGAAGCUCAAUCACACACUUCAAUUCUCCGAUUAAUACUUUUCAAUCCAAACUUGAAACCUCGAUGUGUCGGCAUAUCAGUCAACUUAUUUAUGGAGCAAUCUCUUCUCACUGUCGAAGUAGAAACCGGGACUUUACUUCGAGUCCGGGUUCCUAGGGUUUUAAUUGACCCAGAAGUGCCGGUUAAUUGUAGAACAUUUGAUGAUCAUAUUGAAGUUAAAGUUUCUCUUCUUCUUCCUGUUGAUCAUCCACUUGUUUUGGACUUGGAUUUACAUGAACCGGAGGGGGAAAAUUCAGGGUCAGAUAAUUUUUUUCCAUUUUCGGUGAAUAAUGAAAUAAAGAAGUUAUCUACUAAAGAGGAAGUUCAUUUUUACUGCGGAAAUUGCUCGACUAAGUUAACCAAGGGUAUCAGAUUAUUUAAUGAGAUGCCAUCAGUCGACUGGCAAGAUGUUGCAGACAAUUGGUUUGGGACAUGUUGUUGCUCGUUUGGUGGUAUAAGUGAAAAGCUGGUCAUGCAAUUUGCAAAAUCAUAUUCUUGUAUAGCUGGUGUUUGCCUUAUAACUGGUGCAUCUGUUAUUAUAUGCAAAGAGGACCUCAUCGGCUGUGAAUUUCCUGAGCCGAAAGGGUACCAAACUUAUGAUUCUCAGAUGAAUUCAGCCAAGGUGACUUCUUUAACCCCUCGUCCUGAGGAAGAAAAUGUUGGGGUGAAACCAAGAAAUGAAGUUUCUGAAAUGGUGAUAGAUGACGAUAGUUCAACAUGCAUACCUUCAAAUUGGAAGAAUGAAGACAAAAUGAAGUCAUUGGUUGGAAGUUCUUUCGAGGUCUGUCAGAUUAGAAGUCACGAUAACGGCUGUUGUACUAAUACUCUUAGUGAAAGAUUUCCAAAGGAGAAAGAAAAUGAAAUGAAUACUGAACUCUUAGAGAAGCAGAAAAUAUUUCUUAAAGGCUGCCUUGGGGAUGCUUUUAUGUUGAGACAUUCCAAUCUUUCCAAAGAUGUCAAGUGGAUUGAAUUUCUAUGUCCUAAAUGUUCAUCUCUUAUUGGAUCAUAUCCUUGCUCCAGUGAUAAUGCACCAUUGGAUGAUGGAGUUCGACUAUACAAAUUUAACAUAUCUACCUGUUUGCCUGUCCGUGGAUUGAAUGAUCUAUUUAGGGAGUAUACUUUGGAAAGGAUGUUCUCACGUCAAUUGCUUGAAGCUGCACAAGAUGAACUAACAUUUCGGACUGUUGUCAGAGAUAUACACACCAAAAGUCCACUUUCACAAAUUGUUCUCCUAAACCCAAACACAUGGUGCUACAAUGGGUAUUGCUCGCAUAACAUAGAACCAGUUGCCAAGAUUAAUAUGUACCCCAUUGUCAAGCUAUUAUUCUCUGCAAACAUCAACGACAUGGAACUUGAACCAAGGGACGUAGAAGAAUGGGUGACUAAAAACCAAGCUGAUGAAGUUUUCAUGUUGCCAUCUCAAGUGAAGGAACUAAUUACAAAUUUGGAGAUGGCAAAUACUAUGUUGCCACCUUCACAUAUGCUUAUGCAAGGUUUCUAUAUGUCAUCCUUGAAGAGAUAAAGGGUUAGCCAUUUCAAUCUCACUCGAAAGAUCCUUGGACCCUUGUGUUCACUUACUCGUAAUUAUAGAGGAUCAACAUUCAUCAUAUGCACGGUACAUGUUCUAACAUGUUUACAAGCAUUGUUCCAAAAUGGUGCCUUACGAGUAGGCUGUAAUUUUCUUUAGACAAAUUGAGGUGUGAAUGUAUAUUAAUCUACAUCUACGUCUACAAUAUUUUAAAAGUGUGAAGAACUAUUUUGCCUUUCAUUAAAAAUUUUCGCAAUAGACUAAAGUCUUUUGACUCAUUUCCUUCAAUUAUUAUAUUAUUAUGUUUAAAAUAAAGAAGCUCUAACAUAUAUGGUAAGAGAAAAAUAUAUGGUAAGAGAUAGUAGAAAAAUUAACGAAUCCUAAAACAUAUAUUUUUAAAAUUAAAAUACUCUCAAAAUAUAUGAUAAAAGGAUAAUGUAUGGUUAAUAAAAUUAAUAAUUAAUAUUGACUAUAAUUCAAGCGUUGUUUCUAUGAGUUAUAAUUAAAAAUGAUUAAAAUACUCUACAAUUCGUACGCACUUUUCGGCCCAAUUCAUGUAGGAAAAUUUCAUCCACUUUUUUCUUUUUUUUAGUUAUUUUUGUUAACAAAAAUUUCACGUUUAAUACGAUUAGGAGCCUUCAUUAAUGGGUUACCUUAUUUAUUCACUCAAUUUUGUCUCCUUUUUAUUUAGGUUUAGGUCAUUAUUUCAAAAAUGUCUAGAGGAAAAAAAAUAGUUUAGAUUGAAAUGGUGUGUAUUGCAGCAGUUCGGUAUUUUUAUAACUAAAAAAAGAAAAAGCACAUUUAAAAGGUUCAUCAAGAGCUUAAAGAUGACAAUG